UGUCACCGCCCUUGGGUUGGACUGAGACAGACCCGCAUAGAAACCCGCAGCUGCCUUCAGUUGGAGAAUCGCGGCUGCUUUCCGGACUGUUCCCCUCACUGAGACCUGUUAAACUCAGGUAUCCCUCGUACCAGAACCAGCGUGGCUGCAGUUUGCUGUUCAGUGUUUCCGAGCAAGCUUUAGCCAUCAUGGCGCUGCCGUUCAAGAAGGAUCUUGGCAAGUACAAGGACAUCGAUGAAGACGAGAUCCUCGGGAAGCUGUCGGCCGAGGACCUGAAACAGCUGGAGAUGGCCCUCGAGGAGAUGGACCCUGAGAAUGCACUACUUCCAGCCGGUCUGCGACAGAAAGACCAGACCACGAAGGAAGCCACGGGCCCGUUCAACCGGGACCGCCUGCUCAAAUAUCUGGAGAAAGAAGCCAUGGAUCAUAAGGACAGAGAGGACAUCGUGCCCUUCACUGGAGAGAGGAAAGGUAAAGUAUUUGUCCCUAAGCAGCAGCCAAUAGAAACGCGUCAGGAGGAUGUCACGAAGCUCGACCCAGAGUUGGAGGAAGCUCUCUCCAGCGCCACAGACACAGAACUGUGCGACCUAGCAGCGAUCCUGGGCGUGCACACGCUGGUCACCAGUAACCAGACGUAUGAUGGAACUGGAAGUAAAGAGGGCUACAACAAUGUGAUCAAAGGUGAGAAGAUGAACCCAGUGUUCGACGAGCCUCCCAACCCGACCAACGUAGAAGAAACUCUGCAGAGGAUAAAAUCCAACGACGGCUCCUUAACGGACGUCAACCUCAACAACAUCAAGAACAUUCCCAUCCCCACGCUGAAGGACUUCGCCAAAGCCAUGGAGAAGAACACGCACGUGAAGAAGUUCAGCCUGGCAGCGACGCGGAGCAACGACCCCGUGGCUGUGGCGUUCAGCGACAUGCUGCGAGAGAACAAGACGCUGCGGAGUUUGAACCUGGAGUCGAACUUCAUCACGGGAGUCGGAGCGCAGGCGUUGGUCGAGGCGCUGCGGGACAACGACACGCUCACAGAGAUCAAGAUCGACAACCAGAGGCAGCAGCUGGGAACAUCUGUAGAGAUGGAGAUCGCUAAAAUGUUGGAGGAGAACAAAACCAUUGUGAAGUUUGGCUACCACUUCACUCAGCAAGGACCUCGGUCCAGGGCUGCUGCCGCCAUCACCAAGAACAACGACCUCGUCCGUCGGAGGCGGGUGGAGGGGGAUUUGUAGAGACGGAGCGCGGCGUUUCUCCGAGCCAAUCCUGCAUUUCAUCUCAUGGUGCCACCGCCGCUGCCCCGGUCUCAUCUUGCCGUGUGGAAACUGUCGUCCUGUGCCAAACUGCGGGGCAAGGUGCGUUCCACCUGCAGACGCAUCUGAGAAGAACGGAUCAAACUGGAACCGCCCUCCCCCUCGCUCCCUCUUUGUUCUUAAGUUGUCCUUGAAGGUGUACAUCUCUUUAGGUUUUAGUCAUUUUCAUUUCCUGUUUUGAGCCUUCGUGUUUCCUGUCCGCACGUUUUACGUUUUUCAUUUUAUACAAAGCUUCUAACCAUGUGAACUAAUCACGACAGCAGCUUCCCUAACUGGUAGAAACGAACAAAGACCCGCGUCUUCGGUUCUGUUUGACGUUGAACCGAAGCAGCAGAUGUUCUUUGGCCCAAACGGGUCAGAACCGUUUGCAGGUGGUUUUUAUUUGAGCAGGUUAAAGGUUGGUUUGAACCAGAACUGGACCAGCAAAUCUUCUAAAACCCAUUAAUCCACCAGAACCAAUAAUUAAUGUAUUCUUUAUUCCUCAUCGUUUUGACAAAUAUAACUAGAUUAGUUAGAAAACAUUAGAUCCUGUUGAUACGUUAAAGUUUUCUGAUGCUCGGUUUAUGCCAAAGACCAACACAAACGGUGCAGGAGUGUCAGUCAUCGUCUUUGAGUUUCGCUCCGUAUGACAGAUCUAAAAAAGACGUUUACAGAUUUCUGCUCCAUCAUGCUUUGACCUUUAAUUUGUAUCUCACUUGGCUGCGACGAGUCGGAGACACAAAGUUACAAGAAAUGACAGAAAGUUUCUCUUGGACUCGCACAGAAAAUGUUUUCUUACACGACAACGAAAGAAUUGUCACAUUCCUGCUCAUUUAAUCGUCUCACUUUAGUCUCAAAGUGUCUUAAUUAUGUCUCGGUUUGAUCAGGCACCUUGAGUGUCGGGUCCAAACGGGCUCCAUGUCUCUAAAACCAGAAUCUCACCCUUGUUGGACAGAAGCUGGUGACUAAAUAUCGUUGGACAAUUAUGAGAAAAUACAUCCGUUUUCAUUUGAUCUUGAUAAAUUUGUUCUUCUGACGCGUUACAGAUAAUUCUGUUGCAGAAAUGUCUCAACAAGGUUCUGCAGAAUUUUGAUUUUUGACUGUAGUUUUGUGAGAAAAUGGACCCUAAGUACGGGUCUCUGUUCAAUUCAGCACCCAUUUGGCCUGCGUUGGGACAAAAUUCUCAUUUUUAUGUCCAAACGGUCCCGUGUUGUCGCCACACCCUGGAAACGUCUAGUUUUCAAAGACCGUUCGCUCUUCUGACUUACAGGAGUUAUCAAGAAAAGGUCCAGACUCGAUCUGCAAAUAUUUUCAGAACGUCAGUUUUUCUGAAUUUUUAGGAGUGUUUAAAGUCAAUGCAUCAGAUCCGAGGCCCUCAGAACACCCGCUAACGUCUCGAGAUAUUUUGGAGACUCGGUUGCUCUUAGCAACGAGAUGCUGCGUAAAGAGAGAGCUGCCGUGAGAGAAAACGAGUUUAUCAAUUUUCCGUAAACAUUGUUUUAAAUUUCUGCGACAGGAGCGUGAAGCUCUGUAGCUCAUGUGAAGAAACCGAGAACGCCUGCAAACGUUUCGAGACAUUUUAGAGACUCUGCAAACGCCGUUUGGAGUUUAACUCCACGUAAUGAAAUGAACGUUUUUGAAAGAAAAUUAAUUUAGCGGUUUUAAAAAAUAUAUAUAUAUAUAUAUUUACCCUCGCAGACCUUUUUGAGACAUUUUAGAGACUUCUCUCGGAUGCUGUUUGGAGUUAGUCUCCAAUGGUCAUAGCCCAGUUAGAAACCAGCUUUCCUAUUGGCCUUUCAAAAUAAAAGCUUAGUUAGCAGUUAGACAUGCAGAAGUUGAGACUCCUAACUUCUCAGGUCACAGAUGAGUUUUAAUUUGAACGUUUGGUUCUCAGCAGUCAAAUAUUAAUAUUAAUAAUAAUAAUAGUGACACUUGGUGUUUAUGUAAUAAGCUGUUCAGUUCAUGAAACCGGCUUCAUACGGUUAAAACCGGAUUCUUCGGGAGUCACUUGAGCCUUGUAAAUGCUGUUUCUGGGAGCAUGACGUCGUCACCCUGAACGUUUAUAUCCGUGCACUUUCCCCACAUUUAUCUUUGCUGGCUUUUCCUCUUUUUGUUUUUACAUUCCUGUUUUUCUUUCUGUUCUUUGGUUAAUAAAAUGUAUAUUAACUGUAAAGUGGCAUCUCGUGUUGAGCGUAUUCACAGGUGGAACUACGAAUCACUGCUGAGACUUUUUUAUUUUAACUGUAAACCCAGGUGUCAACACAACAAAUAUAUAAUAUUAUUAAAAAAAAACUCAAUACUGGUGAAACAAACAUGAAUAAAUGUUUAUACAUCAA